UUCUUCUUCUCUCCAUCCCACUCUCAACUUUUUUCGAGCCAUCCAAUCCCUUCCUCCUCUCCCUCACUCCUUUCUCUUCUUCAAGACCUCGGUUUCUUGUCAAAUCCCUUCACAAUGGCUGACGAUCACCAUGAUGUUACCUUCGAGUCGGCCGACGCCGGUGCCUCGCUCACCUACCCCAUGCAGUGCUCUGCUCUGCGAAAGAACGGGUUUGUCGUGAUCAAGAACCGCCCUUGCAAGAUUGUCGACAUGUCCACCUCCAAGACCGGCAAGCACGGUCACGCCAAGGUCCAUCUCGUCGCUCUCGACAUCUUCACCGGCAAGAAGUACGAGGAUCUUUGCCCUUCCACCCACAACAUGGACGUUCCCAACGUCACCCGCCGCGAGUUCCAGCUGCUCGACAUCUCCGACGAUGGCUUCCUCUCCCUCAUGAACGAUGAUGGUGACACCAAGGACGACGUCAAGAUGCCCGACGGUGAGAUUGGCGACAAGAUCAACAAGCUCUUCAAGAUUGACGAGAAGGACACCAACGUCGUCAUCCUUACCUCCAUGGGUGAGGAGGCCGCCGUUGAGGCCAAGGAGGCUCCCGGCCAGAACUAA